AUGGCAGGUUUCACUGCAUUCCUGGAGCGUCUUUUUCAAACCACGCUGUACUUCAUUUAUUUGGCAUUGUCCGAGGCCGUCGCCAGCUACGCCAUGUGGAUGGGUCUCACAGUUGCGGGGGAAAACAUGACCACCAAAAUACGCGAGAGGCUUCUUUCUGCUGUUCUGGAGCAAGGCGUGAGCGGUGCUGUCAAGAUCAGCUCGGGAGAAGUCACGGCUCGAAUCGGUGCAAACUGUGACCUGAUCCAAGAUGGCAUCUCAAGCAAGCUUGGGCGCGUCACGGCUGCCAUGGCGGGGGUUGUUGCAGCUUUUUGUAUCGCGUACUACAGGAAUUGGAAACUGGCGUUGAUGAUGAGUAGCGGACUCGUUGCUUUCGCAGCCACAGGCGUGACGGGCGCCAUUCUUAUCAAACGCUUCACGGACAAGUCAAUGUCAUAUCACGGCGAGGCUUCUAGCAUAGCGCAUGAGGCCAUUAGUGGCAUUUCCUUUGUUAUAGCCAGCUCGUCACAGGACAAGAUGGCGGAGAAGUAUUCUUCCAAGCUUGAAGCAGGGCAUAGGCCUGCUAUUGCCUCGAGGGCACUGGGGGACGUCAUGGUCGCACUCAUUACAUGCAUCGCAACCCUUCUUUUCGCGCUUGCGUUUUGGCAGGGCUCCAAGUUAUUUGCUGCGGGUGACGCGGAUAUCGGCGACAUAAUGACCGUUCUCCUGGCCGUUCUUCUAGGCACAGCAUCUCUGGGCUUGGUUGCGCCAAACGCACAAGCCUUGGCGAGCGCUGCCGCCGCAGCCUCUCAGAACCUCGAGACAAUUAUGACGACCAAGUCGAUUAACUCGGUUUCGGACGAAGGGGAAAAGCCCGAUUCCGUCAGAGGCGCAAUUUCAUUCACGAACGUUCACUUUUCCUACCCGAGCCGAGGCGAUGUUGAAGUUCUCAGGGGGCUGAACCUUUCAAUUGAGGCCGGAAAGACGACGGCACUGGUAGGGUCGUCAGGAUGUGGUAAAAGCACCAUAUUCAGCCUCAUUCAGCGGUUCUAUGAUCCCACUUCCGGUACUAUAGAACUAGAUGGCAGGCCGCUUGGCAAGCUCAGCUUACGAUGGCUCCGCAGCAGAAUGGCUGUUGUUAGUCAGGAGCCGGUACUGUUCAACACAACCAUUCACGCGAACAUUGCGCAUGGCCUCCGCAAAACCGCAAAAAGCUACAGCUCGGAAGAGGAGAAGGCUUUGGUGGUCCAGGCAGCAAAGAGCGCCUGCGCGCACGACUUCAUCCUGGCACAACCCAUGGGAUAUGAUACGGUUGUCGGUGACCGUGGAGGGCUUCUGUCCGGUGGUCAGAGGCAGAGGGUUGCCAUCGCGCGUGCGAUGGUAUCCAACCCCAAGAUUCUUCUCCUUGACGAGGCCACAUCAGCUCUUGACAACGUCUCGGAAAACUUGAUACAGACAGCGCUCGCCGCCGCCCGCCAAGACAGAACCGUCAUCAUGAUAGCCCACCGCCUGUCCACCGCCAGACAUGCAGAUCACAUCGUAGUCCUGGACGAGAAUGGAGUGGCAGAGCAGGGGACAUACGAUGAGUUGAUGGCACUUCGUGGGGCCUUUUUCAAGCUUGCUAGUGCACAGAAGACCGAGAUGCAGCCUCCGGAGGUGGGAGACUUGGGACUUCAGAGCACGGUAUCACUGGACUCGCUUGACUGCGGAACGGCCUCCUAUGGUGUUCAGCCUUUGGAUGACUCCGGUCAUGGACGUCCCGCGACGGCGCAGGAAGAUGGUUCAGUUACCAUGUUGUUGAGCAACGGGUCUUCAGCCGAGCAGCAGGUCGAAAGCCAAUUCACGGGAAAGGACGUCGCGAAAUUCGUGGCCCAGUUCAACUCCAGGUCCCGUUUUCUGUGCGCGUUUGGGCUGUUUUGGACGCUCGUGUCGGGCUUUACGUCUACAGUUCAGUCUUAUGUCCUUGCUCAGGCCAUCACCGCAUUCAGCGAAUCCUCGGUUCGUUCGGGGGUUACAGCCAACAUUAAUCAUUGGUCACUCAUGCUCGUUGCCAUUGCUUUCGUACAAUGCGCUUCGUCGAUUACCAGAGGUUUCAGUCUAGCCGUUUGCACCGAGCGCUUCAUUCUAAGAGCGCGACGCGCUGCCUUUGGGCACAUCAUGCGGCAGGACAAGUCUUUCUUCGACACAGAAAGCUGCGCAUCCAUCACCACACUUCUGUCAACACUAGCUGGCAACCUGGAUGGUCUAGGAGCUUCUCUCCUUGGAACCUUCGUGGUCGGAAUCGCAAGCCUGCUGUCUGCGGUAGGCCUGGCCAUUGGUAUCAACUGGCGUCUCGGUCUAGUCUUUUCGGCAACAGUCCCGGCCCUCAUGGCUGCAGGGUAUAUGCAUGGCGCCUUCUCUAGCAAGCGAGAGCAGCAUACGCGGCAGCUUUACGCGCAGGCUGUCAGUUACGCCAACGAGGCCAUCGACUGCAUCGCAACCGUGGCCUCUCUUGUAUUGGAGUCACAUGUAGAACAGAACUUCCACGCGUCCAUGACCGAGAUGCGCCGACGAAGCAUGAGGACUGCGAACAAAGCGUGCUGCAUAUAUGCUGUGUCUCAAGCGGCACAGUACCUGUGCUUCGCCGGUUGUUUCUACUACGGAGGCAGACUUGUAGCUUUUCAGAAGGCCACGAUGCUUGAGUUCUUCAUCUGCUUCAACGCCGUGGUCACAAGUACGCCCGCCACGGGCAGCUGCUUCGGCUUUCUUCCCAACGUCCACAAAGCCAAAGAAGCCGUCAAGACUUUGAUUGGGCUACUGGCGAGACAGCCAUUGAUAGAUGGUUCAAGCGACAACGGUUAUGUCGUCAACGGUCCAUCUGAAGAGCUCACCCUUGACCAAGUCACAUUCAAAUAUCCGAAAACCAGUCUUUUCUCGAAGAACACCAUUGAAAACAUCAGCUUGAGCGUUCGUCAUGGGCAGUUUAUUGCUCUUGUCGGUCCCAGUGGUAGCGGCAAAAGCACGAUUUUGUCACUCCUCGAGAGGUUUUACGAUCCGCAAGCCGGUAACAUCUCCCUCGACGGCAGGGAUAUACGCUCGCUUCAACUCAGGUCUCUUCGAAAACACAUGGCUUUUAUUACCCAAGAGACAGUGCUGUUCUCUGGGACGAUUCGUGAUAACUUGCUUCUUGCGGCGCCGGACCCAACCGCUGUAUCUGAGGAGAUGAUCAACGACGCCAUCAAGGCAUCGGCCUUGGAAGACGUCAUUGCGUCCCUCCCAGAAGGGUUGAACACUGCUGUUGGCUACCGCGGAGCUUCUUUAUCCGGCGGCCAAAGACAAAGACUAGCAGUUGCUCGUGCACUUGUCAACAGUCCUAGUAUCUUAUUACUUGACGAGGCUACGUCGGCUCUGGAUCCCUUGUCAGAACGUCUGGUUCAGAAUGCCAUAAACAACGCCUCCAAAGGGCGAACGACGGUGGCUGUUGCGCAGAGAUUGAGUACUAUCAAAGACGCAGACUGCAUCUAUGUUGUGAACCACGGUCGUAUUGUGGAGUUUGGAACCCACGAAGACCUCAUUCUCAAGAGUGGGCUGUAUGCGAGCAUGUGGGGGGAGGCACAGGGCCCUAAGACAGCCAUUUGA